ACAGAUGAAGACGCUCACCAGCUGACAAGAGUGAUGGACCCUUCAACCACUAUGAUCGUCUUCUGUGUUAGUUUUCUUCUGCCCUUCGGGUUGGGCGCCAUCUUGGACGAGGAGGCAGGAAGCACAUAUCAACAUCAACACAACUCACUGCCGCCUUUCGUAGACGUGCUUCCUCCCGGACCGUUCUAUGAUGUGGAGCGCUCAGCCAACAUCACUGCGCUGGUCGACCAACCUGCCAAGCUCAACUGUCGCGUCAACAAGAUAGGGAACAGAACUGUGUCUUGGCUCCGACACAGGGAUACACACCUUCUCACUGUAGGGCCCUAUACCUAUACUUCAGAUCAGAGGUUCAGGGCGCUUCACACAUCAGGGUCCGAGGACUGGGCACUGACUGUCAGAUUCGCUCAAGUAAGAGAUUCCGGCAUGUACGAGUGUCAGGUCUCCACCACACCACCUAUGAGGCAUUACAUCUGGCUCUCUGUUGUAGAGCCCAAGACUACUAUAUACGGGGGUGGUGACAUUUUCAUCAACAAGGGCAGCAACAUCAACCUGACUUGUGUGGUGGACUACACACCUCGGCCGCCUUCCUACGUCAUAUGGAAACACAACAGCAAUGUGAUCACAUAUGACAGUGAACGAGGCGGGGUGAGCGUGGUGACAGAAAAAGGUUCCCGCACUACUUCUAACCUGCUGGUGAGAGGAGCCUCGCUGAAGGACUCCGGCAUCUACAGCUGCAAUCCUAGCAGCGCCUCCUUAGCCAAGGUCUUGGUGCAUAUACUAAACGGAGAACACCCAGAGGCGAUGCAGCAUGGAGGUCACUCCCCGCACCACGUGUCAACCAUUCUGGUGUCCACAGCCCUCACCAUCCUGAUAGCCCUCAAGUAAUUCAACAGCCCUCACCAUUAUGGCGGCCCUCAAGUAACUCACCAGCCCUCACCAUUAUGGCGGCCCUCAAGUAACUCACCACCACCUCACCAUC